AUGGAUUUGGACGACUGCGAGCACAAAUCAACAGAGACUGUGGAUUCCACUACAAUUUGCAAAGAUUGUGGUUACUGCUACUCCUCUGAACUUCUGGUUCCUGACAGCAGCGAUCUAUAUGAAGGUCGAACACUAAGACGCGAGGCACUCGACGGAUCAACUAUUGAUCCUGGGAAGCGCCGGAACAAUCUAUUGGCUGAAACAGUAAUUCAACAAACAAUCACAUCUCUGUGUUUAGAAACAAUUGAAACACGUGUAAAGGCUUUAUAUAACAUGGUUGAGAAAAAAUUUGAAAUCGGUGAAGGACAACUUCUGCGAUUAGUAGUUGGUGCUUGCGCAUUAUUAGCAAUUAGGGAAGAGAAAAUUCCAAAAACUAUGCGUGAAGUUGCGUUUGCAAUAGGUGUAGAAUUCCGGAAUCUAACAGCAGUAGUUCAUAAAAUACGAACCCAUGUUCUUCCUUCAGUACCAAGUUUCAUAGACGUUGAGUUGCUAGUAAUUAAUGCGAUCAAUAAAUUAUUUGAAAAUCAAAAUGUUAAACUUCCUAUAUAUACUGAUAUCAAACAGCUCGAUCAUCUCAAGUAUGAUUUAUCAGUAUUAGAUGCACAAUACUAUGAUUAUUUGAACGAAGAAGCAACAAAUAAUUCAAACGAAGAUUUUUCAGUGUUAAUCAUGAAAAGCUAUCGCAAAGUAUUUUUUAGUCUUUGCAUGGAAUUACUUAAAUAUUCUGAUAUAGAUAAUCUUAUUAGCGGAAGGCAACCUUCCCCUAUCGGUGCGGCAAUUGUUUUGCUUGCAAUUGAAGCUACUGAAAAACCUAGCUUUGAUGAAUGGAAAAAUAAUCACAGAUAUGCAUCUGAAAUUGUUGGGAGAAUAUUUCAAAUUGAUCCAAGGUUGGCAAUGAAUGACAGAUAUAAAGAGAUGGUUAAUAUGAUGCAUUCUAAGGUCAACAUUCUCCCUUGGAGUUCUCUUUCACAGGAAUGUAAAAGCAGGUGUUAUAUAUUUAUCACAGAUGUAAUACAGUUUCAUAAAUGGAUUCUGAGUUGUCGCGAAAAGGGUAGGCAAAACGUUCGGUAUUCUGAUCAAGAUGCUAACAAUGAAACUAUCGAAAUCGCGACAAACAAAGAUCCUGGUUGUAAUAGUGUUAGCCAGGAACCAGAUAAAACAAUUGUUUAUAAUGAAACUGAUGUAACCAAUUCAAGAGAUUUAGAGUCCUGUUCUGAUAGAGAAACUGAUGCAUCUGAUUGCUAUUUGGAUGAUGAUGAGCUAGAAGACUAUGUACGAGAUGAAGAUGAGGUUGAACUCGCCAAGGAGUCUUGGGAACUUUACCAUCAAGGAGAUUCAGAUGGUAGAAGAAAGCAAUCUAAAGAUACGAAGAGUAAUCCACCAGCAAAACGAUGUAGAAUACUCCGUGAAAAAGGUGUCCCGAAAAAGUCCAAGACGAAUGAUUUUAAUAACAAUGGAGAUACGCAUCUGGUAUCCACUUUGGAAAACAAAUCUGUAACAUCAAAACGCAAGUAUACUAAGAAGGCAAACAAGAUCGACACGAUACAGGAACGUGUUCAGAUAGAAUCUAGUUCUAAAAUAAAACUAAAUUUUGAUCCUAAUCAAAUAAAUAUGGCUUUAUUCGAUCAUAUUUAA